UAUUGGAAGCGUUGUCUUAUAAUACAAUAUAGAUAUAUAUUUUGAAACUGUAUGUGUUAAGUUUGUGAUAAAGGUCUUUGAAUAUUCAGUUUAUAUUGUGCUUUAUGUUUUUAUUUCGUAGUUUGUGAUAUAUGUUUGUUUACGUCUGAAUUUUGAUGUAACCGAAAGUCCGCUUCUGACAGUGACUAACAAACAUGGUGAAGAAGUGUUCAUAAGCGCAGACCUUAUGAGGAAGUUAAACGAGGAGCUGGAGACGUGGCACUGGACCCCUUGGUUACGGACCAGGACGGAGAUCCACGACAAUAUACUGACGGAGGUGGCGUGCCCCAGUGGCGAUUCGAUUGACAGCUUCCCAGAUAGCAUAUUUGACGAUGAGCAGCUGCGACGUGGAGGCUUCCUCCUAUAUGCUCUAUUCGGUAUAUACGCCUUCACUCUGCUGGCUAUCGUAUGUAAUGACUACUUCAUACCCUGCGUCGAACUUAUAUGUGAAGAUCUGAAAAUACCACAGAAUGUGGCUGCGGCCACUUUCAUGUCGGUAGCGACGUCGUGUCCAGAGUUCUUCGUGAAUGUGAUAUCAACGUUUUUGACGGAAUCCGACAUGGGUAUUGGGACCAUAGUCGGAUCCGCCAUUUUUAACAUAUUGGGAGUCGCCGCAAUUGGUGGCCUUGCUGCAAUAAUGCCAAUCACGAUUGAGCGUCGGCCGGUAACGAGAGACGCAUUCAUAUACAUGGUGAACGUGAGCGUGCUCGUAGUUAUCGUGUGGGACGGCCAGGUGGAAUGGUAUGAGGCGUUGGUACUGGGCAUCAUGUACAUUCUGUACUUCGUCGUCAUGUUCAACAGCAUGCGAAUGUUUGCACUGUACGAUAGAAUUAUAGCGUCGAUAUGUAAAAAGAAGCCCGAGUAUAUUGUAUCCACAGACGGAAAGCCAGUCGAGGAUGGAGUCGAUAACAAAGGUUUUAGUAACGAUAUCUCAACUGGAAAUGGUGUUUCAAACGACAAACCUGUUGAAGAAAAAGUUGAACCCGUAGAAGAAGUAAAGAAACCAAAAAAGAGCGUCUGGAGGUUCCCAAAAGAGAACUCCACCUUGUACAAGGUUUGGUGGUUCUACGCCUGGCCUCUUAAAUUAGUUCUGGGCUUGACUAUCCCUUCACCUAUCACUUACAAAAGAUUCUACCCUCUUGCCUUUAUAAUGUGCAUUAUUUGGAUCGGUGGCAAUAGUUACUUAGUUUCUUGGAGCAUGACUGUUAUUGGACACACAUUCCUUAUCCCCGAAUCAGUGAUGGGAAUGACGUUCCUUGCUUUCGGUGGAUGUCUACCUGAGGCCUUAUCGAUUUUCAUCAUGUCCCGGCGUGGUGAGGGUGGUAUCGGUGUGUCAAACGCGCUAGGUGCGAAUUCAUUAGCAAUCUUGUUUGCUCUGGGAGUACCGUGGUUGAUUAAAACUCUGACAUACCUCGCCCAAGGCGCUGAUUCAACAGCUGUAUACAUCAACUCUGCGGGAAUUGAUUUCAUUGUCGGCUCAUUAUUGGUCGCAGUCGCAUGUCUUUGGCUGACACUAUUUAUCGGAAAAUUCCAACUUCGGAAGACUGUUGGUUUUGCGCUUCUGGUCUUAUACGUAAUUUUCAUCACCUUCGUCAUCUUAGUCGAAAUGGGCAUCAUUCUUCACACCCAUAUUGCUAUAUGUUGAUAAUUUAGUGACGUGUAGUUAGCUGUGAUACGUUAACUUUUUUUAAUUAAUGUAUGGUUAACAAUGAAUUUUAAGUUAUAUGCAAUCAGCAUUGACGUUGUUCUUCAUACAUUUUCAUCAAGACAAGCGUUUCUGUGAUGAAAUUAUGUUUGUAAAUAUGUUUUAGUGUAAGCUUCGGCCUCUUUUCUAGUGUACAGUUAUUGUUUUUAUAUACUUGUUAGUAUUGAAAUUUGAAUUACAAUUGUAUCGUGUAAUUCUGAGAUGAUAUUAUUGAACAUUGAAGGAUUUCAAUUAUUUGCAGCAGAUCUGAUUAUAAUAUGGAGACACAAAUGUGAUUGACUGUAAUGACUGAGUUGAUGUCUCAGAGAAUCAAAUGGUUUUAUAAAAUGUGGCUUGAGGGUUGGCGUAGUUGGACAAAUGCAAGUGGUGGCAAAAGGAUCAGUCUUAGGUCCUGUAAUGAAUUUAAUUUUUAAAUUGAAAAUGAAAACUUUAUAUGAUUUUAGAGUUGUAAUGAAUUAAGCCCCCUCUACCUACGUUCGCCCUUGAGAGCAAUUAAUAAAGUUGAAUAG